AUGAAGCUAAUUAAGACUUGUAUUCUCCCUUUGCUUUUACUUCUUCUCAUCAUAUCCUAUUACGUAAGUGCUAUUGAAACAUUUCAAGAUGAAAAAAAAGAUGAAGGUGUUGUAGUGGCUGAUGAUGAUGAUGGUUACGGCUGGGGUGGAGGACGUGGUGGUUUUGGAUUCGGUUGGGAUGGACGUGGUGGUUGGGGUGGCAGUUGGGGCGGUGGUGGAGGCAGCUGGGGAGGCAGGUGGGGAGGUGGUGGAGGCAGCUGGGGAGGCAGGUGGGGUGGUGGGUGCCGAUAUGGUUGUUGUGGUCAUAGAUAUGGAAAUUGCUACCAAUGUUGUUACUCAGCUGCAGAAGCAAAAGCCUAUAAUGAAAAUGAAGCUCAACCUUAG